UGCCUUGCCCAGGUGCAGGGGCUCCACAGCCCCGAGGCUGCCUCUUUCCAGAUUCUCUCCUUGCUCCAAGCCUGUUAACUCACGUUUGAGUUGGGCAUAGAGUGGCACGGCAUCCCCAACAGUGCAGGGACAGCGAGGUCGUGUUGGGGUGCGGGGACCUUGGAGGGCUGCUGCCCUGAGGCUCAUGGCUCUGGGUGAGGAGUUUGGGGACGGAGCCAUCACCCCGUGCUCAGUGUCCUGGAGGCUCAUGGAAGGGUUUGCUUUGUCCCCAGCUCCUGCCAGCACACGGUCCCCCAGCGCCCACCCACCACCCCACUGUGAUCGUACCAGCACCACCUCCCUCCCAUCAUGUCACCGUGGUCACCAUGGGCCCUUCCUCGGUCAUCAACACAGUCUCCACGUCCCGGCAAAACCUGGACACCAUCGUUCAGGCCAUCCAACACAUCGAGGGCACGCAGGAGAAGCAGCUGCAGGAAGAGGAGCAGCGGCGUGCCGUCAUCGUGACGCCCGCACGUGCCUGCCCAGAGCCCUCCGCCUCCGACACCGCCUCCGACACGGAAGGCAACGACAGUGACUCCAUGGACCAGAGCAAAGAAGACCCUUUGGGGGAAGGAGAGCUGCCCUGACACCCCCUGGCCGGCAGCCGGGAUGGGGAGCAGGGAGAGUGGGGGAAACGUCAGAGAAUAUGCUGAAAUUUUUAAAAAAUACGUCGCGAUUUGGGUCUCUUUUAUGACCUUUUUCCAAUACUGUAACGCUGGAAGCGGGCGCCGUUCAGUGCUCAGUUCCCAGCGAGUGGGGAGAAGGGGGGGCUGGG